CUGCCGUCUGUAGGCUUCAGAGUGAACGUCUCGCUGCGAUGAAUGGGGCAGCCCCCUCCCCCAAGCUAUUUUUUCAGGCCACGUGCAGGUUUACUGGACCAGCUAUGUUCCAUUCGCUCUUGCUCUCUAGUGUGAUAGGUCCCUAGCUGUUGAUUGUAUGGCAGUACUGUGAUACUAAGGCAAGGCCUUCAUCCCUCUGGGACCAGCGAAAGACUCCUCCUCGCAGUGCGUACAAUGCAGAUUCUGGAAUACAACACCUCAGGUGGGAAGUAUAACCGGGGCCUGACAGUGCUGGCUGCCUUCCGGGAGCUAGUGGGGCCAGAGCAGCAGGACCCAGAAAGCUUCCAAUGUGCCUUGACCGUUGGCUGGUGCAUCGAGCUGCUUCAAGCUUUUUUUCUGGUGGCUGAUGAUAUCAUGGACUUCUCACUCACCCGACGUGGCCAACCCUGCUGGUAUAAGAAGGAGGGAAUUGGUUUGGAUGCUGUGAAUGAUUCCUUCCUCCUCGAGUCUUGUAUCUAUCGGUUGCUGAAGAAAUACUGCCGGGGGCAGCCCUACUAUGUCCACCUGCUUGAGCUCUUCCUGGAGACCUCAUACCAGACUGAGCUGGGACAGGCACUGGACCUCAUCACCGCUCCGCCUGGCCACGUUGAUCUUAGUCGUUUCACUGUGCAGAGAUACAAGGCAAUCGUUAAAUACAAGACCGCCUUCUAUUCCUUCUACCUGCCGGUUGCAGCUGCUAUGUACAUGGCUGGCAUUGACAGCAAGGAGGAGCAUGCCAACGCCAAAGCCAUCUUGCUGGAGAUGGGCGAGUUCUUCCAGAUCCAGGACGACUUCCUUGAUUGCUUUGGGGAUCCAAACCUGACGGGUAAGAUUGGCACUGACAUCCAGGACAACAAGUGCAGCUGGCUGGUGGUGGAAUGCCUGCACCGUGUCUCGCCAGAGCAGAGGCAGCUCCUGGAGGAAAACUAUGGGCAAAAAUCGCUGGAGAAGGUGGCCAAGGUGAAGGAGUUGUAUGAAACUGUGGGCAUGAGGGAAGCCUACCAGGAGUGUGAGGAGAGCAGCUACCGCCGCCUGGAGGAGCUGGUUGAGAAACAUGCCAACCACCUCCCCAAAGCAAUUUUUCUUGGCCUAGCCCAGAAGAUCUACAAGCGUCAGAAAUGACAGGGUGGGCUGGCUCCUCAGGGCUCUAACAGGAAAGGCGUUGACAGGCCCAGCUUCUGGCAUGGGAGCUGACUCUUCAAACUCAUCUGCUAUGGGGAAGGUGAUGCCUCCCCUGUCCCCUUCCAUUGGGGGGGAUGAUCUGUGUACCAUCUGUAUACGGCCUCUUGUUGGAGUGUUUGGGAGAAACCUGCUGUCCAUGUAACAGAUCAGCUGUGAUAGCAGAGAUGCAAAGCAUUUCUGUCAAUAAACAUAAUUUAUUGUA